UUGUUGCAUACUUCUCGGCGUGUUCGUUCAGCGCGCGCAAAACAAAACAUAAAAGCAAUUGUAAAAAAUACAAAAAAAAAACAAAUUCAGCUUCAACAAAAUCACAAGGAGUUUUUGGAAAACGUUUGAAAUUUAAACAAUUUACAUUUAAUCGCCCGCCUAAAAGCAUACUACAACAAUUUAAAAGAAUGCAUAAUCAGAAAAUGUUACUGCUGCUGUUGCUGCUAACGACUGUGGCAGUCGCAAGUGGCGACAUCGAUGGGGUAGCAGAGGAUGGCGACGUGCACGUUGAUGGCAUCAGUACCUUAGCACCUGGAACUGUGACGCAACCAAGGAAAAUCGUAAAGCGAGCACCGACCAACAGUUUCAUUGGCAUGCGCGGCAAGAAGGAGCUGGAGUCAUCGACAGAUGAGAAUUGGUUGGGGCCCGAUCCGCUCGACUAUGAGGGCCUCGUUGAUGUCGAUAACUAUUAUAAUGAGAACGGACGACGCCUCAAGAAGGCACCGUUGGCCUUUGUUGGCAUGCGCGGCAAGAAAUUUAAUCCCAACAGCAACAACAAUCUGCUGGAUUUACUGCAGCACAUGGAAGAGGAACGUGUGCGUGAGUAUAUCCUACAGGAUUUCCUCGAUCAUCUGGCGAUAGACGGCAACGGUAUGGCCAAACGGGCGCCCACCGGCUUCACGGGCAUGCGGGGCAAGCGACCAACAAUGACUGAAGGCGACGCCGCCGCCCAGGAUGAGGACGAUGCCAUGGAACUGCUGCAGAAACGUGCUCCUGUCAACUCCUUUGUGGGCGUGCGGGGCAAGAAAGAUGUCUCCCAUCAAAAUUACAAGCGGGCCGCUCUCUCCGAGUUGUGGCGCAAAAUCUUUAAAAAGGCAUACGAUGUGCGUGGCAAGAAGCAACGUUACGCGGACUUCAACAGCAAAUUCGUGGCUGUGCGUGGCAAGAAGAGCGAACUGGAUGACGCCACUGGCCUGGAGCAGAAUAUAUUGCAGCAGCAGCAGCCUUGGGUCUAUAUCAUUGGUGGCAAGCGUGCGCCAAACGGGUUUGUUGGCAUGCGGGGCAAACGUCCAGAGCUUGUGGAGUAAGCGGCACUGGUGGCAGAGAUAGGCGAGCGCUUUCCUCAUUUACAUUUGACGAAUGACAGUCGGAAGUUCCUUUUAAACUAGGCAAAGACAAUGUUAUAAAUAAUCGCUGGGCUGGAGAUUAUUUAAAACAUACACACACACAUAUAUACACACACACUCAGACAUACAGAAAUUAUAGUCUCUGUUACGUAAAGCUAAUCAAAUUUACUGCGAUUUAAUGUUAAUCGAAUUAAAAUCGCAUUUGGAGAAUUUAUUAGCUCCAGUUGAUAAUUGAAUUGAAUUAUUUGUAUAUCUAUUUGUGAACAAAAAUAAUCAAAAUUAAACUUUAAUAAGUACUUAUGUACCUAAAAUAGAUUUUUCAAAAAUCCAUUAUAUACACCCACACACCCACGCACACACACACACACGCACACAACAUAAAGAUAUGUAAGUGAGAGCGAAAUGUUAAUUUACUUGCAAUUAAUUUAUUACAACUACAUGCAAAAAUUAUAUAUAUACUGACAUACAUAUAUAGCACAAGUGUCUAAUUAAAUAUUGUAAAUAUUGUAUGGUAUAUAAAUCGAAAUAAAAACUAUUAUUAAAAA